AUGCAGAUCUUCUCUGGCUGUUCACAGUGUCUGAAACCCCAGACUGAUGAGGACGAUGUCCACGCCAAGUUUGCCAAACUACUAACUGAUCUGAACAAGGCUGAUGCUCCAUACUCCCUCAGUCUUGCCAACAGACUUUACGGGGAUCGGUCUUGCACGUUUCUCGAGGAAUUUUUAAAAGGCACCAAAAAGCAUUACAACGCUGAGCUCGAGUCUGUGGACUUCAAAGGAAAUGCAGAGGAGGCCAGGGUCCACAUCAACAGCUGGGUGGAGAAGCAGACACAAGAUAAAAUCAAGGACUUGCUAAGCCAGGAUGCAGUGGAUAGCCUGACGAAGCUGGUUCUCGUGAAUGCCAUUUACUUCAAGGGCAGCUGGAACACGCAGUUUAAGGAGGAGAUGACUGCUGAUGCACAGUUUCGACUGAACAAGAACGACACUAAGCCGGUGAAGAUGAUGCAGCAGAAAAGUAAAUUUCCUUUUGCGACCAUUCCUGAGGCCAACUGCGAGAUUCUUGAGAUGCCGUAUAAAGGAAAUGACCUCAGCAUGCUCAUAUUCCUGCCUAAUGACAUAGAAGAUGAUACCACAGGCUUGGAAAAGCUGGAGAAGGAGCUGACCUAUCAGAACUUUGUGGACUGGACUCACCCAGACAUGAUGAGCCCCAACGAGGUUGAUGUCAAGCUCCCUCGAUUUAAGAUGGAGGAGAAGUAUGACUUGGAGAAAAUCCUGACCAAAAUGGGAAUGGAGAACGCUUUUGACAUCUGCAAG